GUAUAUUCCUUCCGUAUUGCGUGUCAUUUCACGGGUAUACUUAUCGUCUCGAUAGUGCUCUUUCGCCGAAUGUCGCGCUCUGUGACAUUCGCGGCACUCAUUCUUUCGUGCCUUUCCGCGCUUACAGCCGUUGCUGAAGCAGUCUCUUGGCCAUGGUAUCCGACAGGCCCCGGUGAUGUGUGCAAGCUGAUCGCCGCUUCCGUCUCCUCUGCGUCGGAGGUUUACUAUCCUAACGCUACGUCAUAUGACUUCGACAACUAUCACUUUGCAUCUUCAAGUUCGCAGUUAAGCGAAUGCUCAGUUGAGCCCGGCACAGCGGAGGAUGUUGCUGCAAUCAUCAAAAUUGUAGGCGCGACGCGCACACCGUUUGCGAUCAAGAGCGGCGGUCACAACACAAACCCUAACUUCUCAUCCACAACCGGCGUUCAGAUUGCCUUGACGCGGCUCAACAACAUUUCAAUUGACCCAACUGCCCAAACCGCAACGAUUGGAGCGGGACUCAUCUACGACGAGGUCUAUGCAGCCCUCGAAGAACAUGACGUGAUGAUCCUCGGCUCUCGUGCGACGGGAAUUGGCGUCGGAGGAUUCAUUCUUGGUGGCGGAUAUUCGUUUCUGUCGAAUGAGUACGGCUUGACAGUUGACACGGUUCGAGCAUUCGAGUUGGUAUUACCAAACGGUACUAUAAGCGCCGUUACGGAUACGUCAGAUCCUGAUCUGUUCUGGGCACUUAAGGGAGGACAUAACAACUUUGGAAUCGUGACGCAGUUCACUAUGGACACCUUCCCGAUAGGCCAAGUUUGGGGCGGAUCAGUGAUGCUUCCUACGACAGACUAUGAUGCGGUCAAGAACGCGACCCUGCACUUCUGGAACAACGCUGCUGAUCCCAAGGCAGACGUCAUGGUUGGUUUUACUGCGGCGCAAAACCAGACUUUGAUCGAGGUAGACUUGUUUUACGACGGACCCGCACCACCCGAAGGGCUCUUCGAUGGUUUCAUGGAUAUCCCAGACGCGGCGCAAAACAUGAGUGCCAUGACUGUACGCUCGUAUCUAUCGAUGGUCCAGAGUGCGGGCACCAACGCUACGGCUGGAAUGCGCGGGUACUUUGAUACUGUCUCGAUUACGGAUCUUUCAUCCUCUUUCUUCGACGCCGUUCUGAACGAAACAACUUACUGGUACCGAACGCUGGCGUCUGAGGUCCCUGACGUCGUCGUGCAUUACGAUGUCGAACCCUUUCUCCAAAACGUAUACUCGCACGCCAGUGCAGACUCCUCUGCUUGGCCUCCAAGACGCGAUCAGCACUUCACGCCCAUGCUCAUCUACUACGGAUGGACGUCGCCCAAUAACGAUGAACUCAUCAACCAGGUCAUGCAGCAGAGCAGUCGGACACUCACCGAGCUCGCUAUUGGCGAAGGGCAGGAUGUCUCCAACACUCCGCUGUACAACAACUACGCCCUCUACAGCAACCCGGUCGAGAGCAUGUAUGGAGACAGCCUCGGUCGUCUGCGGCAGGUCAGAGCCAGAUACGACCCUUGGCGUAUCAUGGACCUUGCAGGCGGCUGGAAGUUCUAGGGUAGGGCAGGCUGCGGGUCUCGUUUCCUCAGGCCCGUCUAGUAACGAAGUAUACUAUCAUACUAAUAACUCUUAUAUAUUGUCCUUGUGGCAUGAAAAUGCUGUCUCGAUAUGACAUUUCAGCUCACGCAGACUCACUGUACAUUUUCAAUCCCGAACAACGGACUCACUGAUGACUUUAUGUAACGAAAGCUAAUACUGUAACUUAGUGCUAGGCAUCACGAGCGCUUACCAGCCUGAGCGCACGUCCCGCGAGCGCUAACGCUGUGCCAACUUGCUUGCACUCAACAACUCGCAUGCUCUGUUGCAAUUCGCACCUGGCGCUACGUAUGCAAUGACUUAGGGUCUCCGAGUCGCCUGGCUCACGCUUUCGACUACGAGCUU